AUGGCACCACUGUCGUACUUGGAAUUGCUGGGUAUUUUCUGCCUGUUAGCAGCCAUCAACGGGAGUGAAAGCAGAGCGUUCAAUGAGUUUCCAGAGGGUUUCCUGUUUGGAGCUGCCACUGCAGCCUACCAAGUAGAGGGCGCCUGGAACGAGGAUGGCAAAGGAGAGAGCAUCUGGGACCACAUGCUGCACGAACAUCCAGAGUACGGUCACAUAGGGGAGAAUGGAGAUGUAGCCUGCGAUUCGUACCACCAUUAUGCUGAGGACGUACAGGCACUUAAGGAUUUGGGGGCUAAAGUAUACCGUUUCUCCAUUUCUUGGUCUCGUAUACUGCCUAACGGGGACAUAGACGUGAUCAACCAGGCGGGGAUUGACUACUACAACAACCUCAUCAACCUGCUGCUGGAGAAUGACAUUCAACCGCUGGUGACGAUGUACCACUGGGACCUGCCGCAAGCCCUGCAGUACAUAGGAGGCUGGCCCAAUCCCAUCCUAGCGGACUACUUCCUGGAGUACGCCAGGGUGGUCUUUGACAACUUCGGUGACAGGGUGAAGAUGUGGCUAACAUUCAACGAGCCUUACGAGAUUAUGAAAGGCUACGCCACCACCGGCGGCCAAGCUCCAUCGCAGAACGCUCCGGGCAUCGGUGACUACCUGGCGGCGCACACCGUCAUCAGGGCGCACGCCAUGGUCUACCGGCUCUACGACGAGCAGUACCGCUCCACGCAGAACGGUAAAGUCGGUAUCACACUAAACUGUGACUGGUUCGAACCAUACGAUGACCUGGAGGAAUCCCUGGAGGCUCAGGAACGAGUGUUUCAGUUCCAGCUGGGCCUGUUCGCGAACCCUAUCUACAUCGACGGCGACUACCCGGCCGUGGUGCGGGAACGUGUGGACAACAACAGCAGAGCCGAGGGUCGACCCAGGUCACGCCUGCCCAGCUUUACUGAGGAGGAGAAGCAGAUGAUCAAUGGUUCUUCUGAUUUCUUUGGACUGAAUUCAUACACAACAAGUCUCGUAAAGUCUGCAGUCGUGGGUGGCUCACCAUCAUUGGAACGCGACAGUGGUGUUCAGCGAAUAAUCAACUUCACUUGGCCUGGCAGCAGCUUAAUAUGGCUCAGGGUUGUGCCAUGGGGUUUCCGUAAUGUUGUUAACUGGGUGUCAUCGAGAUAUCCGAACUACCCUAUUUUCAUCACGGAGAACGGCUAUCCCGAUUUUGGGGGACUCGAAGAUGAAGAACGUAUCAGUUAUUACGGGCAAUACUUGGCAGAAUUACUGAAAGCUAUCAAUGAAGAUGGCGCCAAUGUAAUUGGAUAUACAACUUGGAGCCUUCUCGACAACUUGAUGUGGAAUUCUGGUUUCAGACCGAAGUUCGGCAUCUACCACGUGGAUUUCAACAGCACUGAGAGAACAAGGACGCCAAAGGCUUCAGCAAGCUUCCUAUAUGGCAUCUACAGCAACAUGAGUGUACCUGAAGAAUAUUUUACUAUUAAUGAAUUAAUGGGUAAUUUGGAAGGAAGAGGAAAAUGUGAUCCUGUAGAUACUGAAAAAGUGAUAGAUGUGAAAGAUGUAGAGCUGUGGGACAAAGGAAUGAAUAGCUUGUCUACAAAUAAUGACAGCAAAGUUAAUAAGAUUAGAAUGUGUGGUGAUUCUGUUGUUUAUGAUGGGGUGAUUAGAGGCAGAAUCGGCAUCACGGUGAGCACCAACUGGUACGAACCUUACAACGAUGAGGAGGAAAACCUGGCUGCCCAGGAGCGUAUUUUGCAGUUUGAGUUGGGUCUGUUCGCGAACCCUAUCUUCGUGGACGACGACUACCUGGCUGUGGUGCGAGAACGUGUGGACAACAACAGCAGAGCCGAGGGUCGACCCAGGUCUCGGCUGCCCAGCUUCACAGACGAGGAGAAAAGGAUGGUCAAUGGAUCUGCGGACUUCUUUGCUUUGAACUCAUACACAACUAUGGUUGUGAUGUCUGCGGAAUUUGGUUUCUCGCCCUCGUGGGGUCGGGACACGGGUACCUACAGGUCGUACAACCUCUCGUGGCCCGCCAGCGGAGCCACGUGGCUACGGGAAGGACAGAAACCAGUUGCAAAAGCUCACAUGCACCGGGCGAUCGGUGUCUCGCAGUUCAUGCGCGCCCGACAUUUUGAACGGAUACAUGGACAGUGA